AUGAACUUCUACCCAAUUCCACCAGUCAUCCAGGCCGAGAUUUUGGUCCAAAUCCCACCCACACUGCGAUGCACCGGACAGCAUACAGAUUGGCGAGGCGGGUCUGCCCUUCCAACUUCAGAUAUCUUUCUAGAAGGUCCUGUCGUCAGUAGCAAUGGUGAUCUAUACGUGACGGACAUUCCAUAUGGACGCAUUUUGAAGAUUGAUUCCCAAAACCAAAUCACAGAGUGUGUGAGAUAUGACGGCGAGCCAAACGGUCUUGUCAUCAGAGACGAUGGCUGUUUAGUAGUAGCCGACUACAAACAGGGUAUUCUUGUUUUUGACCCAUCAACGGGAGAGAUGUCGCCUCUGCUAGCUCGUCGGAACUUGGAACGCUUCAAAGGGCCGAAUGAUUUAGUGGUAUCGUCGAAAAACGAGAUCUAUUUUACGGAUCAAGGCCAAACGGGCAUGUCCGAUCCGUCCGGACGUGUCUACCGGCUUUGUCCAGACGGCAAGCUAGACUGCCUAGUGGACAACGGGGUUUCACCGAAUGGCAUUGUACUGUCCCCCGACGAACGAUUUCUAUAUGUCGCCAUGACUCGGUCAAACUCCGUGUGGCGUCUUCCUCUCAAUGCAGAUGGAAGUACAACGAAAGCGGGGUUGUUCUUCCAAUCCUUCGGUGCAUCUGGACCUGAUGGUCUUACCGUCGACGAGGAAGGCAAUUUGUUUAUCUGUCAUCCUAGCCUUGCAUCGGUUUUCGUCGUUGAUGCAGACGGCAUUCCCAAAGCUAGGAUUGUGACCUCACCCCAAGGAGGAAAGAAUUUGACAAACUGCACCUUUGGGGGCGAAGAUGGUCGCACUUUGCUUAUAACGGAUAGCAUGAAGGGGAAUAUUCAAUUUGUGAAAUGGCAUUGCGGAGGCUCUGUGAAGCCCAAGGCAGUCAAAGCCAGAUGA